AUGGUGGUGGUGGAGGGGAGCGGGCCCCAGUCGUGGUAUGGCGCCGGCGAGGAGAUGCUGGGAGCCUUCCUCUUCCUAGCCUCUCUGGCGGCCGCUGCGUCCACCUUCUGCGGCUUCGAGGACCAGUGCGGCUGGAGGUACAACCUCACCCGAUUGGUCACUGGCCAGGAGGUCAACAACAGCUGGGUCCCCGGCGACUCUGCUCUUCAGGGGCCCUUCGCUGAUGUCGAUAACAACACCAACGGUAGGGUUCUUGCAAUAAAGUUAUAG